CACAGCCAAAAUGUCUUAUGUUGCUUACCUCUUCUUGGUAUUCCUUGCUCACAUCAUCUAUAACCAAAGUAUUGCACCCAGCUGUAGAGUCUCUGGACCUCCGAGACUGUGAUAUUUCAGACAAUGCCUUAUUGCAGCUUUAUAACUGCAAACAACUGAAAAAAAUCAACUUAAAUUCUUGCAAAGAAAACAGAUUGGGAAUCACUUCAGAAGGUGUCAUAGCACUGGCAUUAUCCUGUCCUUACUUACGUGAAGCAUCUUUUAAAAGGUGCUGUGAUAUAACUGACAGUGGAGUUCUUGCUCUUGCACUCAACUGCCAGUUCCUGCAAGUAGUGAGCUUGGGUGGCUGCUCAGGCAUCAUGGAUGCAUCUCUACAGGCACUAGGAGAAAACUGCGAGUUUCUUCACAGCGUGGACUUUUCAUCUACUCAGGUAACAGAUGAUGGCGUUGUAGCACUAGUCAGUGGAACAUGUUCAAAGAAUCUAAAGGAGAUCCACAUGGUACGCUGUGUGAAUCUGACCGAUGUUGCUGUGGAAGCAGUCCUUACUUCAUGUCCAAAGAUACACAUUUUCCUGUUCCAUGGAUGCCCCUUGAUAACAGAUCGCUCCCGAGAUGUUUUAGAGCAGCUGGUCAUAUCAAACAAAAUCAAGCAAGUAACAUGGACUGUUUACUGAUUAUUUAUCGUGUACAUGUGAGUGUAUAAAAUUUACAAGUGGGAGAGCUCUUUCAGGAAGCAAGCACCU